AUGAGCCCCGACCUGCCUCUCCAGGGAAGUGAAUUCGCCACCAUCAUCAGCGCCUACGCUCCGCCAAUUACCAGCCCUGACGCCGUAAGGGACAAAUUCUACGAGGACCUGCACGUCCUCUUGGCGACUGUUGCGAAGGCGAAUAAGUUCACUGUCCUUGGUGACUUCAGCGCCCGCGUCGGCACAGACCAUGCUGAUGGGAGAGGAGUGCUAAGUCCUCAUGGGCUCCGCGGCUUCAAAGACAAUGGCAUGCUCCCUCUACGAACUCGCGCAGAACACCGGCUCAUCCUGACGAAAACCUCCUUCUGCCUGCCGAUGCGAAAGAAGCUCACCUGGAUGCAUCCUCGAUCGCGUCAGUGGCACCCGCUGGCCUAUGUCCUCGUCCGAAGGCGAGACCAGCGGGACGUGCUGGUGACAAAGGCGAUUCCGAGGACUGACGGGUGGACCGACCAUCGCCUCGUCAUCUCGAAGAAGCGGAUUCGCCUACAGCCUCGCAGGAAACCACAAGGUAGGCGACCCCCAGGCAAGCUUAAUAUUGCCCUGUUUUCGUUGCCUGCUCACCAUCUGCAUUUCAGCAACGAGCUAGUUCAACGGCUAGACAACCUUCCAGUCGCUGCCGCCGCUGACGAUAACACCUCUGUAGAGAACCGGUGGUGUCAACUGCGGGACACAGUCCAGUCGACACCGCUGGCCGUCCUCGGUCGCGCACGCCGCCAACACCAAGACUAG